AUGAAAACUACCUCAACUAAUCUAGUAAUAGAUACAAAAGAUAAAGAUGUUUAUUCUCCAGAAACUAGUAGAGAAAUCUUAGUAAAUAAAGAUUAUAAUGAUAAACCAGGAAGUAAUUCAUCACUUAAUGAUGACUCAGAAUCUUCAUUCUGUAAAGAAAAAAAGGUUGCAAAAGCAGCUUGUAAGUUGAAUAAUAAUAAUGAAAGUAUUAAAGAAUCAGAAAGCAAUUCACCACUUCACAACGACCUAUCUUCAUCUUGUAAAGGAAUAAAGAUCAUAAAGUCAGCUUGUAAGUUAAAUAGUGAUGAAGAAACACCAUUUGUAUCGCCAGCCAAAUAG